AUGCAAUCUACAUUUGAAGAAGAAGAAUCGCUGCUGUUUUUAGGCACUGAAGUGUCUGGUGCGGGUCAUCAGAGCAUAUUACAAUCUGGAUCAUCAGUCAAGUCCUACAAUUCUUGCAGUGAUAACAAAAGCACCGAGGAAGAAGAAGAAGAAGAAGACAGUGAUGAUGAUGACGAAUACGUUAAAGAAUACAUUCCUUCUAUACCUUGGUAUCGAAGACCGUCCAUUCUGUUUAUCUUACCAGUUUAUCUGGUUGCAGCCAUUGAAUCUUCCAUGUUGAGUCCCGUGGAAAUGAAACUCAGAGCACAGCUCAUAUGCAUGCAAAAUCCCAAACACCCAAUUACAGACCCAGAGCUAUGCUCAUCAUCAACAAUUGCACAGACCAGUCUUUCUCUUUUGCUUACUUAUUGCAAGUUUGCAACUGGACUAACCAGUCUUUUUUUCAUUCCGUACCUAUGCAAUUUAUCUGACCGAAUUGGUCGCAAAAAAGUUCUGGUUAUUAUCCAUAUUAGUUUGUUUGUUUCUGUGUUUAUUGUUUAUACCAACUGGAAACUUCAAAAAACACUCAACUAUCAUUUCCUAAUAAUUGGAGCAGUUUUUGAAGGUGUGGCCAACCCUAUUGUGGUAAUGAAUCUUUUGUCAGCAUAUGUUUCUGAUUGUAUCAUGCAUAAUCAUCGUACAAAAGCACUAGCCCAGAUCUUUUGUGGCACAACGUUGGGUUAUAUUUUGGGACCUAUUUUAGGAAGCCAAGUGUAUGAACGUACUGGACACAACAUUAUUGCACCAUAUACUGUAUGUUUGACGCUGAUUGGAAUUUCAACUAUUUCAGUAUUGUGGGUUUUCCCAGAAUCGAUAAACCCCAAGGUUCAAGAGCUGGCCAUAUAUCGAUACAAAUGGGAGGAAGAUGCUUACAGUAGACAGACGACUACUGGAGUCAAGAAUUUUGCUAAAAAGAUAGCCAGAACAAUCAAGUCUGCCAUCGUUAAACCAUACCAGGAUAUUUUUGAUAUUUUGAAAAGAUGCAAAUCUAAUACUGAUCGCACAAACCUUACAAAUGUUGUUAUUAUUGACGUAUUGUUUGCCAUCCUAUCGUACGGAAUCGAUGCAAUCACCAUCAACUAUUUAAUGUACAAGCUUAAAGUGACUGUAUCGCAGCUCGGAAUAGUUAUUGCUGUUUCAGCAAUUCUCCGUGUGGUAUCACUUGGGUUAUCGCCACACGUUGGCGACUUUUUAGGUUGGGUAUCUGGGGCCACAAAGAACCAGAAAGAUGGAAGUAACAAUAAAAUGAGAGUACAAGAUGUAUAUGUGAUGCGUCUGGCAAAUAUAAUUGAAACAUUUGGUCUUAUUUGUCUUGGAAUUUCUGGAGAUAGCACUCGGUGUGCGUUUCUGGGGAUUUGCUUAAUUGGGCUUGGAGUCAUGUCGCGGCCCAAUGUGCUGGCAGCCAUGAUCAAUGUAUGCCCACACGGGGACAUUGGCCGCUUCAUGGGUGCUAAAGGCCCAUUAGAAAUCCUGGUAGCUGUAUUUGGAGCAUCUUUUUUACUUUGGGUAUAUGGUCAGCUUGUUGCAUGUGGUGGGGAAUCUUCUGUAUUUUUUUUGGCAGCUGCCAUGUACUCGGUGACGAUAUGGAUUUCAUUUAGAAUUGAACCCUAA